AAGGUCUGCGUUCUGUACUUGAUCCAUAUUAACAUUCUACAAGUAUGUAGUAGGCACGUCACAUGUAUUCGACCAAGCCAUUCUUAGAAGUGAACUUGAACUAAGGUCAAAGUUGUUAUUAGUUGUACUCUCCAUGUUUAGAAUAAACUUUUUAAUUGGGGUUUGUGAAUCGCAUUUCGUGGCGUAUUGUAUUCUGUGUCUGCGUAAAAUAAAUAGUUGGAAUUGAUGGUAUUUUAACGAAUCCGAAUAUUGUGGAUUAUCUUGAAAGUAGGACAUAGUUGUGAAAAGAAGAAAGUGAGCAUGUAAAUAUCAUAAGAAAGCCGUCUGUUUAAGGAAGUCUUCUGAUAAAAAUGGUCAUAUUGAUAAAUAUCUAAGGAGGGACUGGCAAUGAAGGGGUGGUUUGAUGCAUUUCGAUAUGAUGGUGGUCCUACACUUUACAGUUUUAAUAAUCGGACUGCUGUGACUGGUGACGUUACGGUCAUUACGUUCUUAGCCAUCUUCAGUACGCUUUAUGUGGCUUUUUUAAUUAUUUUCCCGGGUAUUAGGAAAGAGAAAUUUACGACUUUCUGUGCUGUGACCUUAAGUUUGUUUGUAGGAGCCACAAUAUUAAUCUCCAUAUUUGGAUCAGCAUGGCACGUAGCAAAUGCUCAUGUAAACGGCACAUAUCGAGCUUUUUCAAAAGAAAAAGUGCUAGCUGACAUCGGUGUUUACGUAGGACUUAAGCAUGUAAAUAUUACUUUACAAGCAUCUAGUAACAAUUGGACGACUGAUAUAGAUUUUAAUGAACGAUUUUUAUGGUUAGAUUCUUACCAAAUGGGUAAUAGCUUUAAAACGGCGCUAGUUAGAGGACUUCCAUUCCCUAUUUUAACGGUAGCUGAAUAUUUCACUUUAGGCCAAGAAGGGCUAGCAUGGGGUGGGCAGUACAGAGCAGCGGGAUAUUUUGCCAUUAUUAUGCUGUGGACAUCUUUCGUUGUGUGGAUUUUAAUGAACCUAAUGUUAAUCGCAGUUCCUCGAUAUGGAGCGGUUUUAAUGACAACAUGCGGUUUCUUGUUAUUGUCGACUGUUUGUGGAUAUUUUGGAAUGCUGCCUGAAUCACCAUUAGUCAUAUACCUCGAGGGGAGCAUUUUAAACUUCCGUUUCGGUUGGUGUUAUUGGCUGGUACUAAUAGCAGGUGGCGUGUGCCUAUUAGCAGGUGUCAUAAUAACAACCGUCGAAAUUAUAUACCCACACAGUUUUUCUACCAUCUUGGAAGUAGAUUACGAUACACCGUAUGAUAGACACAUAAUUAUCGAAGACAGCAGGGGGAAGCGGUUUCAGAAGAAGAGGAAUAGUAACAAUGGUAGCAAACUAGAAGAACCCGCGACUGAAGGCCUAGGUUCAAGAAUAUUAAGGAGGCUUUCAUCGAGGAAUCGGGAUGAGAACAGUUCACCGAAAAGUAGUAAAGCCGGAAAACAAACAUUCGAAUUGGAGGCUUCCGCCUGGAGAUAUCCCUACAAAGACAAUAAUGAAUUUUCCAGACAAGAUAAUUUCAACCGAUCAAUGUCCCAUGGUUCUGUGAUAUCCAAUUUAUCCAGAGAUGUGCCUCCAGUACAUAAGGAAGAAUUCAGCAGGUAUGGACGAUACUCGGAAAAAAUGAACCCAGUAUCGAUGUGGUAAUAUUAUAAAUACUGUAAAAAAUAGUGCAAUCUAAUUAAGUGAUCUUGUUGUGAUAUAGUUGAUUAAACAACGUAAACUAAAAUAAAAGGCCAUAUUUAUAUUUUAGCAUAGUUAAUUUAAUGUGUAGUUAUAUCAUUCAAUUAUUUAUGUUAUAGAUAAGAUGACAAAAAUAAAUAUUGUGUUAACA